AUGUCAACAGAAGCACGUAGAAGACUUAUGAGAGACUUUAAGCGUCUUCAGAAUGAUCCACCUGGUGGUAUUUCAGGAGCACCUUGUCCUGAUAAUAUAUUGUUAUGGAAUGCUGUUAUUUUUGGGCCUGUUCUACCAGGGGAUGUAUCAUAG